UAGAAAACCUCAUAGUUCUGGACGUUUUCUUAACUAUUGGUCAUAUCAUCGACACUCAAUAAAAAUCAACUUGAUUAAGCAAAUGAAGGCUAGAAUCAUAGCUAUCAGUGAUCCUUCUUGCCAUCAGAAGAACCUGAGAAUCCUGUCUAACCUUUUUAUCGACAACUCUUAUCCAAAACACCUAGUCACCAAGAUAUUAUUCAGUUUGACCCCUGACAUAAUACGCCAUAAUGAUGAGUUGCAAAUUACUGUUACAAGCGGAGAACAAAAUGCCAAUUGUUUAUAUACUUCUUUAAAAUACGUGAAAGGCAUAACACCCAGACUGGCUAGACUGUUUAAAGACAUCCCUAACUUGAAAAUAGCCUUUAAAACAUCUUUAACUUCACGAUCUAUAUUUUCAAAGGUUAAGGACAAGAGUGACAUUAGGGAUUGUUCUAACGUUGUCUACCAGAUUCCCUGUAACAACUGUAAUUUGGUAUAUGUUGGACAAACCGCACGCAAUUUAGGUAGUCGUUUAGUUAGUCACCGCAGUGAUAGCAGAUUAUAUCCUGAAAGAUCUGCUCUUGCCGAACAUGUUAAUAAAGAACAUCACAAAAUGAAUUACGAAUCGGUCAGAGUUUUAGCUUCUGAAUCCAACUAUACUAAAAGACUGUUCUUAGAGAUGGCUUUCAUUUCGCAGAAUUCUAAUGCAAUGAACAAAAGGAGUGACAUAAAUCAAUUAAGCUCUAUUUACUCAUAUCUAUUAUGUUUGGACAACUAUCCUCAUUUCAAUGAUGUCUUAUCAACUGAUUCAUUGUAAAGUUUCCAGCUUUCAGUACAUUGAAAUGUAAAUUAUUUAUAAUUUUGGUUUUUAACUUCAAACAAAACUCUGGUAAAUUUUUGAUGUGUAUUCUUAAAGUAUUAGUACUACAUAAGACAAAGAAAAAAGAAGAAGUGGUGUCAUUUGCGUAUGUCCAGGAAUGACAUUGACUUCUAACCUCACAUUUCACACUUGCCGGCACACGUGGCAUGUAAACCUUUUUAAUUGUCUUUUUCUUAUGUGUUAGUGUAGAAAAUAAUUUGUCAAUUUGGUCUUUUACACCAUGUAUUUUUUAAUAUUUGACUCAAUCAAUGAGUGGUGCGUGAAUUUGUCACCUGUGAGUAUAACAUCCACGGAAAGCAAAUCUCAAUAACUUAUUCCUGAUGAUGAAAAUAAACAUUUUCGAAAGCUUGAAACUUAGUUAAAAGAGUACACUUAUUUCACCGCUGCAUAUCCCAAUAACCUCAGAAUUCCGUUUUCUACGUUGUCAGCAAAGACUUCUUUUCCUUUUCUUUUUAAGGCAUGGGAUUUUAUCAGAACAUCGCAUAUCGCUAUGGUGACCUCGCUGUACGGGCACUCAAGGAUUGGUCAAAGACUAAACAAAAAUUGGCAAGAGAAUACAAUAAAAGAUGUUUUUUAUUAAGAUGUAGAUCAUCAAACAUUUCACCUACACACAUCAUACACUCCACUUCAUCCAUCACUAAAUUAUUACAAAGACAGGACAUCCAGUCGAACAAGGAUGCUUUACAAUUUACCAGGUUAGAAAACAGAAUUUUGAAUUUAGAAAUUUCUAAUUGCAUUAAAGUCAUUAACAAUUUAGAGUCUAA